CUGAAGUAGUCAGUACUGAAACACAGCUCCUUCUGGCACCACGACUGCCAGUGCUGAACUGGAUGUUUAAAGGAAAGGUUCCCUCCACCCAUCAUGCUACUGAUGCCACUUGGAGUAAGUGGAUUGCACUGAUUACACAACGAGCACGGAUGGGGAACCUCAGCCGUCCAGGAAUCCUAGAGGUCAUCAUGGACUGGCCUGAAGGUAAAAAGUUUGGAACACCACUGGGAGAAGAAGUAUCACGUGCUAAAGAGGCCCCACCAUACAAUGAACUACCAGAGAAUGAAAAGAAAUAUGCCCUGUUCACAGAUGGAUCGUGUCGUAUUGUGGGAAAGCAUCGCAGAUGGAAAUCUGCUGUGUGGAGCCCCACACGACGAGUUGCAGAGGCCACCGAAGGGAAAGGAGAAUCAAGCCAAUUUGCAGAGGUAAAGGCUGUCCAACUGGCCUUAGAUGUCGCUGAACGGGAGAGGUGGCCAAUGCUCUAUCUUUACACUGACUCAUGGAUGGUAGCAAAUGCCUUAUGGGGGUGGUUACAGCAGUGGGAGCAAAAUAACUGGCAAAGAAGGGGUAAACCUAUUUGGGCUGCUGAACUGUGGAAAGACAUUGCUGCCCGAAUAAAGAAUAUGAUUGUAAAGGUGCGCCAUGUAGAUGCUCAUGUGCCCAAGAGUCGGGCUACUGAAGAACAGCAAAAUAACCAUCAGGUAGAUCGAGCUGCCAGAAUUGAGGUGGCUCAAAUAGACCUGGACUGGCAGAACAAGGGUGAAUUAUUUCUGGCUCGGUGGGCCCAUGAGACCUCAGGUCAUCAAGGGAGAGAUGCAACAUACAAAUGGGCUAGAGACCGAGGGGUGGACUUAACUAUGGAUGCCAUUGCACAGGUUAUUCAUAACUGUGAAACAUGUGCCAUCAUCAAACAAGCCAAGAGGAUGAAACCUCUGUGGGAAGAAGGGCGAUGGCAAAAGUACAAAUAUGGGGAGGCAUGGCAGGUUGAUUAUAUCACCUUGCCACGAUCUCGCAAUGGUAAGCAUUAUGUACUUACUAUGGUGGAGGCAACCACUGGGUGGCUUGAAACAUAUGCAGUGCCCCAUGCUACCGCCCGAAACACCAUACUGGGUCUCGAGAAACAAGUCCUGUGGCGACACGGCACCCCAGAAAGGAUUGAGUCAGAUAAUGGGACUCAUUUCAAAAAUUCUCUUGUAAAUACUUGGGCCAAAGAUCAUGGCAUUGAGUGGAUUUACCAUAUUCCCUAUCAUGCUCCAGCCUCUGGUAAAAUUGAACGAUACAAUGGAUUGUUAAAAACGAUGCUAAAAGCGCUGGGUGGCGGAACAUUUAAGCACUGGGAGAAGCAUUUGGCAGAAGCCACCUGGUUGGUCAAUACCAGAGGAUCUAUUAAUCGUGAUGGUCCUAAUCAAUCCAGUUCCCUACAUACCGUAGAGGGAGAUAAAGUCCCUGUUGUACAUGUAAAGAACAUGUUAGGAAAGGCAGUUUGGGUUCUUCCAGCUUCUGGAAAGGGCAAACCUCUUCGUGGUACAGUUUUUGCCCAGGGACCAGGAUCCACUUGGUGGGUAAUGCAGAAGAAUGGGGAUGUCCAAUGUGUACCACAAGGAAACUUGAUGCCGGGGGAGUGCAGUUACUAAUUCUAUGUAUAUGUAUAUAGCCAUGUGUGCAUUUUAAUCAUUUUUUGUUUGUUUGUAUAUAUGUAUAUAUAUUUUAAGCAUGAUGUAAUGAUGUAGAAUAAGGGGUGGAAUGUCAUGGUUCUAUGUUUUUUGUUUUUGUUUUUUUGUUUUUGGGUUUCAGUAUUCCACAUCAAAACAUCAUGUAGUGUACGGGGCAUUAAAGUGUCACUGCCCCAAUCCCAGCUACCUAUCCCUGUACAUUACAGCAGUCACGGGAUCUGGCCCUUCCGGGUGGGGGGGGCGCUCUCUUGCUGCCUGGCAGUGGGUGCUGGAGGGUGCUUUCCUAGCCGUUCCAAGCUUUUCAGGUUUGAAUCGGUCCCGGGAACUCUCUCUCUCAUCUUGUCUGAUUUAUUAAUCUCAAUUUCAAUUAAAUUGUAUAUAUUGUGUUAUCUUGUAUUCCAAUAUUAUAGUAAAAUAAGUUUUCCUCCAUAGAUUGUUGCCGCUGCUCUUUUCCUCCCUUCCUUCCUUCCCAUUUUUGUGGGACUGGGGUGGGGGGGGGAGGGCAGAGGCCUGUCGCCCCUGUCACGGACAUAGAUUGAUCUGGUCAACUCCGUGACAGGAGUGCAUACAGCAGAUUUACAAGAGUUGUUUUAAACUAUAGAGAAGUUUUCUUGAAUUAAAUUGAAUCUUGGCAGUAAUUUAUUUUUGCUAACUUUGCUGAAUGUUAUCUCUACUGCUCUUAAAAUAUCUGUGAGAGAAAUAUUGGUACCACUGAGCACAAAAAAAAGCAAACAAACAAGAAAAACUACAGUUUGCUUUGCUGCAGUUACUGCCAAAUAGAAGUGCAAAUAUCUUUAUUCUGCUGCCUUCCUCAUCUUUCACCAUUUCAUGGUUCAUUAUCUUCUUAGUCUACUUUUGUUUUUUCUUGAAGAUCACCUCUGGAGUUUCUUUCAGUAUCUUUCUGCUGCAUGUUAUUCAAUGGCUCCUUCUCCUUUACCCUCCUUCCAACUCCUGAUUCAGUGCUGUCUUUGUUCCAGUCUAUAGAGUCGACAAAACAGAAUAAUUGCACAGUGUUUUUUAUGUGUAGUACCCGAUGUCCGAAUUUACUUGAUGGGCACCAGAAAAAUAAGUGAUUUGUAAUAGAAGCUAGUGAGUGGAAAAUGAAGAGUUAUAAAAAAUAUGUACUUGAAAGCUAGGGGCAAACUUUCAAUGAUAGUAAAUGGUUAUAGUUCCAUUCUAUUCAAUUUCUAAUACACCAUUGAGUAACUGCUUAUUGUUUUCUGCUUUGGAAGUAAAAAUAUAUUCUGGUUAUUUUCUUGAGCCAGUAAUUUGGGAGCAGUUUUUUGACUGAGGAGAGAAUGAACUGGAUAGUGACUGCUCCUUUCACUAUAUAGAGAGCAAGGCUACCAUGCUUUGCAAAUAGCAUCUUGGAUAACAUUAGCUAUGCUAGAUUUGCGUGAAUGUGAUGACAUACAUCGCCCAGAGAAUGAAAGAGAACAUCAUGAGGCAGCCUACAUGACUGUGUAUUUACUCCAGCAACAUUCAUAAAUUUGUACCAUCUGAGGAACUGGCUACUGAAGCUCCUUUUCAUUCCAGUGCAUUAUCACAGAGCAACAAACUAUUCAGAGUUUCACAUCUCAUGAAGCAAAACCCUGAGUAGUUACUGAUGACUAUGUUUGAAAAUUAACAAUUCUUCUGUUAAUGUGCAAAUUGUGAGACAAAAAUCCUAGACAGUGGUUUGUGCAUAUGAGAUUUCCCUGUUUUCAUGAUUCACAAAAUUCCCUUUUUCAAGCAAGCAAGCAAGCAAGCCUCCUUCUCAGCUAAGCAUAUAAAUUCAAAAGAGGUACAACCUGUUCAGAUGAAAGUAGUUCAACAGUACAGAAAAUUUGCUUUGUCACAGAUAAAUAUUUCUCAACCAAGAGAUAUGAACAAGAAAAGUAAUUAUAUUGGAUUUUCAUGUAUUUAUCAGGAAUUUAUUUAAUUUACAAGGUAAGGCCAGAAAAUGCUUGUGGAAGUAACAUUGUUCAAUUACAUACUGUUCAAAUUAUGUUGUCUAUUAUUUUUCAUGAUGAGUGGAUUUCUUUAGCCUUAUUUUCUGAGGACCUUUAAGCCUAAUUCAUGCUACAGAAGAGACUUGGAGGCAGGUUAAUUUUGUAAAGACACUAUUAACAGGGGUAACUACUCCUAGGGUAACUACUCCUACUGCUUAACAGCAGAUUUGUUGCCUGUAAGAACAGCUACAGUUCAGUAGCAGCCUGCCUCUGCACUAUGUCUACCCUUUUGUGUACACAUGGAACAGGAAAGUAUGCAGAAUGCAAAAGAACUCCGGCUGUGGUAAGUCCACUUCUCAUCAGUUCUCUCUCUUUGUAGCAUGACAACCAUCAGUGGGGAGCAGCAGUAAGCACUGAUGUGAUGUAUGCCAAGG